UCUUGCUCUAGCCCUGGCCUCCGGCAAACUCUAUAGUCGCAACCCGCCCACCCCACGAGCGAGAGUGUGGCCCUGGCGGGGCCUGGUGUUGAGAAUGUUGACGGCCUCGGCGGCUCCGCUUUCCUGAGGCGCUGAGGGGUGGCGCCGUCUCCUUCGAUCGCCUUCGGGUGCCACGCGAAGCUGAGACGAAGCCUCUGAGGCUGACUAUGGAAGAAGUGCACAAAACCAGCAGUAGCAAUUCAGCAACAUCCCCACAAGCACCAUCUUUACAAGGUACCGCUCUACAAGCAGCUCAGCUUUCUCGUGUUUCUCAACAGAUGUCUCUUAGAGGUCCAGCUCCAGUGACAGUGGUACAGCUUCCUGGGGAUCAGGUCCAGGGAGUAAUUCAUACAGUCCAGAGCUCCUCUGUAAUUCACUCACCACAAGCGCAAUCAACACAGGUGUCUUUGUCGGAAAGUGAGGAUUCUCAAGAUUCUUCAGAUAGCAUAGGCUCUUCACAGAAAGCCAGAGGUAUCCUUGCACGCCGUCCAUCUUACAGAAAAAUCUUGAAUGAUCUUUCUUCUUCUGAAGACACACGGGAUAGGAAAGGAGAUGAAGUACAUCCUGGUGUCUCUACUAUCACAUCAAUGUCUGUUCCUACACCUGUUUACCAAACCAGCACCGGACAAUACAUUGCCAUUGCACCAAAUGGACCACUACAGCUAAGCAAUCCUGUUGCAGAAAAUGUGCAGGGUUUGCAGACAUUUACAAAUACUGGUGGAACUCCACUAUUACAGUAUGUGCAGACAUCUGAUGGUCAACAGAUACUUGUGCCCAGCAACCAAGUAGUAGUACAGACUGCUUCAGGAGAUAUGCAAACAUACCAGAUACGCAGUACACCAACCACUGCUUCCCUCCCACAGACGGUUGUGAUGACAACUCCGGUCUCCUUGACAUCUCAGUCAACCAAGACAGAUGAUCCACAGUUGAAAAGAGAAAUACGGCUAAUGAAGAACAGAGAAGCAGCCCGAGAAUGCCGUAGAAAGAAGAAAGAAUAUGUAAAAUGUCUUGAAAAUAGAGUUGCUGUCCUUGAAAACCAGAAUAAAACUCUAAUUGAAGAGCUAAAAACUUUGAAAGAUCUUUACUGCAACAAAAAUGUGUAGGAAAAAAGGAGGAAAGCAAGCCUUUUUUGUGAACAUCAGAAUUUCAGAGG